ACAUCCAGAAAUUGCUUGUUUCUAGAAGAUGCCUCAUCUGCACAACUCCUCACAAACCCCUGACUACUCAUCCUGAUCAAAAGCUGAAGGGGGACUUAAAAAAAAAUUCUUUUCUGGUGACAGUGCCUUGUUUGCAGUGUCCAUUUGCAUUUCCUUGGGUCAGUCCCUACAACACUGCUGUAUGUUGGUAUCCAACUCUAAUUUGUUACAUGGAUGGAAGCAAAAUGAAAGGACUAAAGAAAAAAAUGAAGAGAAGGAUGAAAAACCGGAGCAUGCACCUAAAAAUAGAGGAGCCGAGGCUGACAGCAAGGAGUCUUUGGAAGACACCAAAAGGGAGAAAACGUUGGAUGAAAAUAAUAGAGCAUGUGAAAAGGUGAACUCUAGCACUGUAGUCUCCAAAAUUGACUCCAGUCCACAAAGUAAACAAAGGAUAUCGCAUCCACUGAUGGUAGAACCUGCUGCUCCAACAAGUAGUUCAAAGAGCUGUCCACCAAAAAAAGAGGCUGGUAUCGCAGCUUUUGUUCAAAAUAAUGGUCUUGGCUUCAUAAACCAAGAUCCUUCAGAGAGCCAGAAUGUUCCUAUUAAAGCACACUGCAUGGAUAAAGCACCCAGACAGGAAGACUAUCACAAAAUGCUUGCACAUCAGAAAUCAAAAGAAAAGGAAAGCAAACCUUCUACAAUGUGCUCUACCUCUCUCGAAGCAAUGCCAUCCACAUCCAAGUCUGUAUCUGGAAUAGAAUAUGAAGUGAUACGCACAAGGGUUUCCAUCAAUGUUCAGAUGACUGAAGCCCAACAGAAGACGGUGACAACCAAGGAUGGAAGCCAAGGAGAUCAUAAACAUAGAAAUCCCAAAAUCAAACCUCUCUCCUCAUCCUCAGAAGUGGAAAGAGUUACACUUAUGUCAGACAAGUUUAAACAUAAACAGUGCCCUAAAAACACCAGACCUGACCCAGUUCAGGAAGUAAAAGGGGUGAAGCCUGAUAAUAAACAGAGUGAACAGGCUCUCCAAUUAGGGAAGCCACAGAUGCUAUUGAACAAGCCUACAGCAGGUAAAAAGACUGAUGGAAAAUUAGAGUUAAAAUGCAAGUCUGUAACGUCUCGGAGCACAACUCCAAAGGAUACUAAGAAAGAUCCUGGAGCCACAUUAAAAAGCCAUAAUGAAACAACACAAGGCUCCACAAAGGAUGCUAAGCCAGAGAGGGCAGAAUUAGAUUUAGAAAAUGCAUCUUUAAGAGGAAGUGAGAGUGAUGCAAAUCAAUGUACAGGAAAAACAACAGAAAACACUAAAUCAACAGAAACCAGCAAAGCAUUGGCCAGGCAGGAUGAAGUGAUUAUUGAUGACAGCCCUCCUCCUCCUGCGCCUUUUGAGCAUCGCAUAGUGAAUGUCAAACAAGCAGAGGUGACAGCAAGUUACUCGGUGUGUCAGCAUGAAGUAUUAGGCGGGGGGCGUUUUGGUCAAGUUCACAAGUGCACAGAGAUAUCAACCGAUCUCAAUCUAGCGGCCAAAAUAAUAAAAGUGAAAGGAGAAAAGGAAAAGGAGGAGGUGAAAAAUGAAAUUAACAUCAUGAACCAGUUAAACCAUGUGAAUCUGAUCCAGCUUUAUGAUGCUUUUGAAUCCAAAAACAACUUCACCUUGAUUGUGGAAUAUCUUGAUGGAGGUGAAUUAUUCGAUCGAAUCACAGAUGAAAACUACAAUCUGACUGAGUUGGAUGCAAUACUUUUUACCAAACAGAUAUGUGAAGGAGUCCAUUACCUACACCAGCAGUAUAUACUCCAUUUAGAUCUAAAGCCUGAAAACAUAUUAUGUGUAAAUCGCACUGGAAACCAGAUUAAAAUUAUUGACUUCGGUUUAGCUAGGAGGUACAAACCUCGUGAGAAGCUGAAAGUCAAUUUUGGCACUCCAGAAUUCUUGGCUCCUGAAGUAGUGAACUAUGACUUUGUUUCGUUCCCAACAGACAUGUGGAGUGUAGGCGUCAUCACAUACAUACUACUUAGUGGCUUAUCUCCAUUCCUAGGAGAAACUGAUGCAGAGACAAUGAAUUACAUAGUGAACUGCAGUUGGGAUUUUGAUGCAGAAGCUUUUGAACAAGUAUCAGAAGAAGCAAAAGACUUCAUUGCCAAACUCCUUGUGAAGGAGAAGAGCUGCAGGAUCAGUGCAACACAAUGUCUGAAACAUGAGUGGUUAAAUGACCUGCCUGGCAAAGCCAAGAAAUCCAAGCUCCGCCUCAAGUCCCAGUUGCUGUUACAGAGUUACCUGGCACAGAGAAAAUGGAAGAAACAUUUCUAUGUCGUGGCUGCUGCUAAUAGGCUGAAGAGGUUUCAGAGCAUGUCUGUCAACCUUGUGUAAGCUGCUGUGGAGGAUCCAGAAUCCUCAGAGCUGCAGAUGAGGCUGAGACAAAAGGACUCUGUUUCCCGUGGUUUUCCCCACCUUCCUUUCUGUACAAUAUUUUGAUUUCUGGCCUCUUUACAUGUUAUAUAUCACAAGUGUGCUUAGGUUCUAGAACUGCCUUGGAGCCCUACUUAGAAACGGUUUUACUAAUAUUUAUGAAUUAAAGGCUUUCAUAAUUAUUUUCUAUUUUACAAGCUUACCAGCUACUAGCAGUGAUCUAGAAAUAUGGUUCACAUGACAUCAACUUCUGUUCAAGAUCAACAAUUAAGUUAUUUGAGUGGGACUGACUUUUUUUUUUUUUUUUGAAGGCUUUGGAAUUUUUUAUACAUGCUUGGCGGGGGAGGGGGAGCAGGGCACUUUAAUUAGAGAGGUUCUUAAAGCCGCUCUAACAAAAGCACCCGGAGUGUCUCGUGUAUCAGUGUCCCUGUGCUUCAAAAUGGCAGUGGGGGCGCUUUAUCUAAAGAUCAUUGAACAAGCUUUAGUUAAAGCACCCCUGCUGCCAUUUUGAAGAGUGGGGACGCUGGUACACGAGACACAGAGGCUGGCUGGAGCAUGGUAAUGACUCAGCUCCAGCAGACUCAACUAAUCAAGCCUGCUUCAAUGCGCUGUAACCACAGUGCACCAGAGCAGCCUUCCAACUCAUGCACAAGCAUCCAUUCUGCAUGAGAAUCCUGAGGGUAUAUUAUGACGGCAAAUACUAAUGCCUUGGUUUCCCACUCCGAGCUGAGGGAUACCUUAAGGUUUCCUAAGCUAGUGAUAUGCUGUAUUCUGAGUUUCGAAGUACUGCUACAGUGCAGGCAGGACAAUAGUUUUCCAUAGACCAUUGUUAGCUAUACCAGCACAGCCAAGGACAAAGAUUGAGGCUGGAAAAUGCAGGGUGUUUUAGCUUUUUUCCAAAGUUGUUCGAUUUUUCUAUUGUUCUUUGCACCAAAGUACUGUCAUGAUGCAUGGCUACCAGUCAGAGUAUAACGAAGUGUUUUUUUUUUUCUGUCCUGUCCUUUAAAACUUACGUUACUGCUUUCAGAUGUAUUUAACAUAUGGUUAUACUGGUGCAAUUUAGGAAUGGUGUGCCCACUGUUACUGUAGUUUUGUUGGUGGGUCGAAUUAAUGGAAUAGCUCUGUACUGAGGUGUGAAUAUAGGUUGAGCUGCCACAAAUGAAACCCACAACCUGGUGACAAAUCUGGUCUGUGCAAAAAGGUACAUAUAUUUCUUGUGUCAACUCCUUGCUCUUGGCCUUCAUCUCAACGUGGAGGUUUUAAACACAUGAACAUUUUUCACUGGCUGGGACCCAAACAUUUAGUUUUCUAAGUUAUUUUUUUUUGCCAAAUGUAAUGAAGUUUACUUGAAAAGCUGAUGCUUUGGAACAUGUGAAAUGUAUUUCAUUACUGUGCAGCUGCUCUUGGAAAGGAUUAGUGGGCUGCUAGAGUAUGACUCUGUUUCAGUCAUGAAGGAGCUGUUGCCCUUUUCCAGCUUGGUUCUUCUACAUUAAACCUUUUUCUUCACAAUA